AUGUAUGAAUCCCAAGGAACGAACGUUCUGAACGAGGCUGAGGUGAUUGCGGCCAUUCGCAGAGCGAAAGAGGAAUAUUUGCGUGAUAUUGAAAACGAUGUUCCCACUCCCAAAGCAGCUUUCAAUUACGCAUGUGCCUUAGUUCGGAGCAAAAAUAAGCAGGAAUUGGAGAAGGCAAUCGAGAUUUUUACAGUCUUAAUCGAUGAAGGUUUCCAAACGCACAAAUGCAUAUACAAUAUUUCGUACGCCUACUACAAACUCGGGAGACUGCGCCAGUCUCGUCUAUUUUGUGAACGACUGCUCAAGUUGGACCCAUUGAACGAGCAGGCGCAGGAUCUUCACCAGAAGUUGGACGCAAUCGUUCAGUCAAAGGGAAUUGUGGGACUGGGCAUUACGGCUGUGGUGGCGGCUGCGGCAGCCAUUGUUCUUUAUAAAGCGAUGGGGAAAAAGUAA